AAAGGCGUCUGUUUUCAUGGGACCUCUCCACUCUCUGCUUUUAAGAUUUCCUCUUAUCUCUUAUGCUUUCGUUCUGAUUUCGGAAUUUCUAACCUUUUUUGUUGGUUGAAUGGCUGCGGUGUGCGGUGGCGAAACGGAAGCUACGACUCCGGUUGAGCCGAGCUCCGAGGGUGCCAGGAGACGGCGGAUGGAGAUUCACCAGUUCCGGUUCGUGGCCGCCGACGUCGCGGUGGCUCCGCCGCUGGACAACGACAGGAAGCGACAGAAUAAUAUUUUCCCUGCUUCUCCGCCGGCGCAGGAGAGCUGCGACGUGAGUGAGAAUUGUAAAAAGCGGCGCAAAUUGGAGGGAAACGAUGUCUGUUAUGUUUCUAAGCCGUGCGAGGAUGAAGGAUUUGUUGAGAAGAUUAAAGAGGGUGAAAAUAGUAGCGAAGAUCCGAUUGAGGAUCCGGACCGGCCUGAAUCUGGUACGUGUUCUGGAACCGAACCGGAUUGCCCUAAAUUCGGGAUGACUUCUGUUUGCGGGAGGAGGAGGGAUAUGGAAGACGCGGUGGCGAUUCAUCCUUUUUUCCGGCGUAAUACUGAGAAUUCCACGAGCUCGCACUUUUUCGGCGUGUACGACGGCCACGGUUGCUCACAUGUGGCGAUGAAGUGCAGAGAUCGAAUGCACGAGAUCGUCCAGAGCGAGGUCGGCGGGGAGGAGCCGGAAUGGAAGGAGGUGAUGUCCCGGAGCUUCUGCAAAAUGGACCAGGAAAUUACCGACUGGUCAAGCGGAGCCAACGCCGCCGCCGCCGCCGCGCGCUCCAGUUGCCGCUGCGAGCUGCAGACUCCGCAAUGCGAUGCCGUCGGAUCCACCGCCGUAGUCGCCGUGGUAACACCGGAAAGUAUCGUUGUGUCCAAUUGCGGCGAUUCUCGCGCCGUUCUUUGCCGGAAUGGAGUCGCUAUCCCACUCUCCGUCGAUCACAAGCCGGAUCGACCGGACGAAGUAAAUCGGAUCGAAGCCGCCGGCGGCCGAGUCAUCUACUGGGACGGACCUCGAGUUCUCGGAGUCCUGGCAAUGUCUCGAGCUAUCGGCGACAAUUACCUGAAACCCUACGUGAUAUCGGAACCGGAGGUAACCGUUACGGAGAGGACGGCGGAGGACGAGUGUUUGAUAUUAGCAAGCGACGGCCUAUGGGACGUCGUAUCAAACGAGACAGCCUGCGGCGUCGCCCGCAUGUGCUUGCGGCAAGGGAAGCCUCCAUCGCCGCCGCGAUCGCCGGGACGAGACGACGCAGUCACGGCCGCCGCCGGGGAGAGCUCGGACAAGGCCUGCUCAGAUGCGUCAAUCCUCUUGACAAAGCUGGCCUUAGCACGCUACAGCAGCGAUAACAUAAGCGUCGUCGUCGUCGAUCUGAGAAGAAAUCCAUAGCCAAACUAACAUUAAUCUUCUCUCUCUAUAUAUAUACAUAUACCUUAAAAAUUUUCUCAUUAUACAACAUUGUAGUACUCUGAAAGUCCAGUGUAUACAAGAAUCCAUGGCUUCCUUGAAGAAGGUGACCUGGAUAUAAUGAAAUCUCAGAUUCCGAUCUGGUUUGUACA